AUGUCCAUCGGAAACGGUCCCAAAGCCUGGAAAACACAGGACGUCCAGCGUGACAACUCAUGGAUUCUACGCCUCACACCCGAAGAAGUCGAAGGCUUCCGCGAGGCCCUCGCAUACGCGAAGAAACACCCUAAAGCCCUCCUCGACAUGACGCAGGCCGACUACCCACUACCGGAAGUUUCCAAGAAGGCCCUCGAGCGCGCAAUCGCCACCACCCAAGAUCGUUGGGGAAUGUGCCUGGUGAAAGGAUUCCCAGUGGACGAGUGGACGGAAGCAGACAUGCGCGUCGCAUACUGGGGCAUGGGAUUGUACAUGGGCGUUGGGCGCACCCAGAACCGCGCCAGCGAGGUGAUCAACGAUGUGCGCGACGCGGGAGGUAGCUACAAAGUGAGGGGCGGGCGUGGAUACAACACCAAUGCAGGAUUAGAUUUCCACCAGGACUCAGCGGACGUGGUUGCGCUCUUGUGUCGACGCACUGCAAAGGCCGGAGGCACGUCCAAGGUCAUGAGCAGCAUUGCGCUGCGAGAGCGUGUCGCUGAGCUUCGCCCGGACCUGAUCCCUGUGCUGGAGUCGAAUGUCUGGUUCCAUAGUUACCAGAAUGCACAGGAUCCGUCGCAACCGCCUUACUAUCGUUGUCCGAUUAUGGGGGAGAGCGGUGCGUAUCUCUGUGCUAGGACGAAUCGCAAGAAUAUUGUUGCUGCGCAGCGAGACUUCCCUGAGACUGAGGUUCCACGGCUUACGGCAUUGCAGGAGGAAGCGUUGGAUUUGAUGGAUACUAUCAUGCCGAGUGAGGAGUAUUGCUAUUCUAUGGAGCUGGAGCGAGGUGAUAUGCAGCUGCUGAAUAGCUUUGUGACGUUGCACUCGCGCACGCCGUUUGAAGAUUUUGAGAUCCCCGAUGAGAAGCGGCAUCUCAUGCGGCUGUGGCUCUCGAUUCCUUCCUCCCAGCCUUUGCCCGCUGAGUGGGCCGAGUACUGGGGUGAUACUAGGGCUGGCGCGGUGCGUGGUGGUGUUCGGGGGAGUGCCAUAUCAGAGGCUUUCCUUGGGUACGAGAGGCGGCAGGCUGAGGCCAUGGGCAUGCCAUUAACACCUUUCGCUGGGAUAUAG